AUCAGUUGCUACUCAGCGAUGACCCCUUUGUCGAUAUCCAUGAGCUUAUCGGCCACUACGAUGUCUUGUACUUCCGAUCCGUCCUUCUGCCCCGAGUAGAGGUGUUGUGGUCACCCCGACUAACUCUGUAAGCCCAUAUUGUCCCUUGUGCUACGACCUUUGGCUUUCGAUAAGGCGGACAAGGUCAAGAUCAGCCUUGCGUGAAUGUACCAUGCAUGUUUCAGGACGUGGCUUUCACGUUUCCUCGCAUCUAAUCUAGAACCACAUCGUCUUCCGGGUCUUAUGAAACAUGCGCUGAUGUUUCUGCGUGUACAAUAGUUGCGCCGGAGUUUGUGAGCUGUCGAAAGAUCCCACCUCGGGCAAGUUUACGCGCAUCCGCCUUAAGAUGAGCACGCCCUUGCUGCAGUAUCGGCCCCGUUCAGACACAAUCAACACCUUGCUUCACGAAGCCAUACACGCGUACUUCUUCGUCACGAGCUCUUGGAGACAUUCGCGCGGUGACGAUGGAACGGGGCACGGUGCGGGGUUCCAAUUAAUGGCAGAUGCAAUCAACAAUCAUGGAGGUUACGACAUCACCGUCUAUCACACGUUCCACGACGAGGUAGACAGCUACCGCACGCAUAUUUGGCAAUGUGAUGGGCCGUGUAGACAGCGUCCGCCUUACUUCGGAUUGGUAAAGCGAAGCAUGAACCGGCCUCCAGGGAAAACUGAUACCUGGUGGUCAGCCCACUUGGAGCAGUGCGGCGGACAAUACGCCAAGAUAUCGCAACCAGAAAUGACCAAGAAACAAAGAGAAGCUUUGAGUAAAAAGGAGCGGGCGGGCUUGCAGAAGAAUAAGAUCGAUAGCUGGGUGACGACACGGAAGAAACCCCCCAUUGAAUCGAAGGGCGAAGGAGCAGCAAGUACCAGCGAUGCUACACAGGCUGUGAUUCCCCCCAAGGGAAUGAGCGUAAAGCGCACGUUUGAAGCAAUUGAUCCUGACAGUGAAGAUACUGCUGAAAUACCCUCUCAGCAAGAGCGGCAAAGACCCAAACUCAAUCCAGAAGCCAAGGUAGUCCCCGAUACGGAUUUACAGAUAAUGGUGCAGUGUCCGAUAUGUUGUGAACAGGUAGCAGAAUUAGACAUAAACCACCAUCUAGAUGUGGAGCAUCCUCCUUAGACCACUCUCCACAAUAUUGUCGCUUUUGUGCACUCUUUAGACCGUCCUCGUCAGACUACCUCAUUGAAGGCAAACCAUUUCCUUGAUAUGUUACAGCUAGAUGCACAAGUUCCCAAAAAAUCUUACACCGUACAU